CUGAUUGAACCUGGUCGCUCCGGAUCAAAGAAUUUCCGAGACAUUGAUCAAGGACUCUUGUUGCCAUUGUGUGGGUGUGUGGGGGUGGGGUUUGUGCAUUUGACUUCAGAGCCUGGGAGACUGCAAUUGCUUGAGCGGAGCACAGAUUGGCGGUGCUGUUAGCUGGGAUGUGAUCAGGGAGAGCCCAGUGCACUGUUGAGGAAGCUCCAUUUUCCACCUUUGGUUUCUCUUAACUCAAACAUGAAACCAUUCAUUAAUCUGUUUUUACUCUCCAGUGUGUGGCUCAUUCUCAUCACCACAGCUUAUGUUCACUGUGCAGUGACGGUACACACAUCGCUGUCUGUGACGGGCUAUAAGGGACAGGUGGUGAUCCUUCCAUGCUCCGUCACCAUUUCCGACCCAGGUGUGAAAGUGGUGAGUGUCGCCUGGAGCAGUCCUGCCAAGGAGGCAGACCUGGCUGUGUACCAUCCCCGGCACGGAACAAGUUACCCAGGGGAGACCAACUCCAGUCGCAUCCACUUCAGGCGCCCUUCUCAACAGGACGCCACGCUCAUGAUAAACAACUCCAGCAAAAGCGACUCGGGCAUUUACACCUGUUCCUGGACAACGUUUCCCAAGGGAAUCUUUUCGAGCAAAACAAAACUGAACAUUUCAGGCUGUAGGCUUCGCUGA